CGUAAGUCACGCAUGCGCGCGAGAAUCACGUCCGAAGUCGUUCGUCCCUCAAAGAUCCCGAUCCCGAAGAGAGCGAAUCGCGAGCCGUACAUAUUUUUUUCGCAUCUAUCACUCGCCGGCGAUGGCAGCCCAGUGGAUUCGCACAGCAAUCUCUUCGAAACUCACCGGUGCGCGGUUCUACAGCAGCCAGGUACACAAAUGCACUCUCAUCCCCGGAGACGGCAUCGGACCCGAGAUCUCUGCUGCGGUGCAGAAGAUUUUUGAUGCUGGCAAGGUACCGAUAGAAUGGGAAUCAGUUGAUGUGACACCAGUGAAGGGUCCUGAUGGCAAGUUUGGUAUACCACAAGCAGCCAUCGACUCUGUCAAUAGGAAUAAAAUUGGUCUGAAGGGACCCUUGAUGACUCCGGUAGGAAAAGGUCAUAGAUCUCUCAAUCUUGCACUCAGAAAGGAAUUUAAUUUAUAUGCUAAUGUGCGACCAUGUCUAUCAUUAGAAGGAUAUAAGACAUUAUAUGAUAAUGUCGACGUCGUCACUAUCAGAGAGAAUACAGAAGGUGAAUAUUCGGGUAUAGAGCACGAAAUCGUAGAAGGCGUUGUACAGUCUAUUAAGUUAAUUACGGAAGAGGCUUCUCUAAGGGUAGCGGAAUUUGCUUUUAAAUAUGCCACAGACAAUAAUAGGAAAAAGGUCACUGCUGUACAUAAAGCGAAUAUCAUGAGGAUGUCCGAUGGUUUGUUCUUGAGGUGUUGUCGGGAAGCCGCGCAGAAAUUUCCGGCUAUCAAAUUCGAAGAGAAAUACUUGGAUACAGUUUGUUUAAAUAUGGUGCAAGAUCCAAGCCAAUAUGAUGUGCUCGUUAUGCCAAAUCUGUACGGAGAUAUCUUGUCCGAUAUGUGCGCUGGACUCGUCGGAGGUCUUGGUCUCACACCGAGCGGGAAUAUCGGUUUGAAUGGAGCCUUAUUCGAAUCGGUACAUGGAACGGCACCCGAUAUUGCCGGCCAAGAUAAGGCAAAUCCCACAGCGUUAUUACUCUCUGCGGUAAUGAUGCUCAAAUAUAUGGGUCUCAAUAACCAUGCAAAGAUUAUUGAGAACUCUGCUUUUGAGACCAUCAAGGAAGCGAAAUAUCUGACCGGUGAUUUAGGCGGUACCGCAAAAUGCAGCGAGUAUACCAAUGAAAUUUGUAAGAAAAUUAUCGCUCAAACCAAAUAAAAGGCAGAUACUUCGUAAUCGAAAUUUAAACUGCCAAAUACUCGUAGAAUUCAUGCGCCCGCGACGAGAAAGGGCUGCUAUUUUCUACCAUCUGUUAAUCUGUAUGCACAGUCUUGUAUGUGCGUUUUCAGUGUAAAUCUACAAUCUGACUCGGAUAUAGAUCGGAUACUGUUGAGUAUUCUCCCAUUUUUGCAUCCAUGUAACAUAUGUACAUGUAGAUAUGUACAUGUAAAAAAUUAUUUCUUGGAUUUCUUAUGUUUUCUGUUAAUUCGUUAUAGGCGUGUUACAUCUCUUCUUGAUUCUUGAUGAUCUGUUAAAUAUGGAACGACAUUUAAUUUCGUUCUAUUCAUGAGAUGCGUGUACACCAUCAUUGUUUACAUCGACUGAACAUUCUUGUAUACGUGUAUCGUGUAUUAUUUAAUUUGUCCUAGAUAAAGAGUCCUAGUAAAGAUUGUAAAGAUUAGCCAUGUAAAUUAAAUAGUAAAAAUGCUGUAUCAUAAUUUUAAAUAAAAUUGUUACGCGAGACGUAUAUUCUAUAGCAAAA